UUCUUGGAGCGGUUGGAGGAUCCGCUAAGACAUCUCGGAGCUCCGUUAAUGGACUAGGGCACCAAUCCGAUCACUGGUCAAGCUCCCUCUUGUCCUGUUCUUACCAUCUCUCUUUACUUUCGAGUGUUCAUCUUUUCCUAAAUUUCUUCUUUUUUGAGAGAUUUUUUAGAAGAAUGAUUCAAUUGAAGCUCACUCUAGCCAACCCAGCUGCAAUUCACUUCAAUAAUUUCAGUUCUUGAUGGUUCUUUAGAAAUCGAAGCAAGUUUUCAAUAAUGGAAAAAUUUUCCAAUGGAGGAGCAUCGUCGUCGACGCCUUCCAGUGUCUUUAAGGUGGCUGGUGAGCCUGCUAUUGUGAUUAAUGGUGUGCCAAACAUUUCUUCUGUUGGCUCUGGAAAGCGUCAGUUUGAUGCUCAAAGGAAUAUUGAAUCAAAACUUGAUCCGUUGUUUGGUGACUGGAUGAAAGGAAGGGAAAUAUUGAAGUUGUUUGGAAAUCAGUAUUAUUUUGGGAAGGUGGCAAUGUAUGAUGCUGAAUUCCACUGGUACAGAGUGGUAUAUGAAGAUGGUGACUUUGAAGACCUUGAGUGGCAAGAAUUAGAGGAAGUUUUGGUGCCACUUGACAUUUCUGUUCCAUUGACAACUCUGGCUUUGCAAAGGUCCAGGUCUGAUGCAUCCCUCCCUUGGUUGGGAAAAACUUCGAAGUCUAAAAGAAGUGGAAAAAGUUUAGGAUUUCAGGAAACUCUGCAUGUCCAUCAAGAACCCCAUCCAAGUGAGUUUGAGGGAAAAGAAAUAGUGGCAGUCAAUUUGAUGGAAGAAAAUACCCAGGAGACAGUCAUAGAGAGCAAACAAAAAAUUUAAAACUCAAAUAAAGGACCAA